GAUUCCGAGAGCCUCAGUGAACAAGUAGCAGCAUCAAGCAAUACAAGGACCACUCUGCACAGUGCAACCAUGUCGAGAUCCUUCUACGUUGAUUCUUUGAUAUUCAAAGAUACGGCAAGACCCACGCCUUUGAACGACCAUCCUGGGCAAGAGUUUCUAAUUCCUAUCAGCAUGCAUUCUCCUAGCGUAAUGUCCGUAUCUGCUCCAGCGUGCCCUUCCAGGAAAAGUGGCACUUUCUGCGUCUGUCCUCUCUGUGUCACCUCUCACAUCCACUCGCCACGGAAUAGCAUCCCAAUGCUGAAGAGUCCGUUUCCAAACGGGGACCCCCAGUACUGUCAAAGAAUGAGCCAUCAGCAGAGUCCCGCUCUGGGGCACCCAGGACAUGCACCUGUCUGCACUCCAACUUACAGCGUCACAGAUCCGAGGAGGUACCACUGCCUGUCAUUAGGUGCAUCAGAAAAUAGCCACAUCCAGAACGGCAAGAGAAUGAGAACGGCUUUCACAAGCACUCAGCUUUUGGAGUUAGAGAGGGAGUUCUCUUCUAACAUGUACCUAUCCCGUCUGAGAAGAAUUGAGAUCGCCACCUAUUUAAACCUCUCUGAGAAACAGGUAAAGAUCUGGUUUCAGAACCGCAGAGUAAAACACAAGAAAGAGGGCAAAGGAACACAGAGGAAUUCGCACAACGGAUGCAAGUGCGCCAGUAAUCACGGGCACUACUCUAGAUCUGAAGACGAGGAGUCUUUAUCACCAGCGUCAGCUAUCGAGGAAAAGGACAUCUCACCUAUUUAAAUGGGUUAGGUCAGUGCGAAACGUUUAAAGACCUAUACCUUACCACUGAUUUCCUGCACUUAUCCUCUUCUGAAAGAUUGAGAAUAAUGCUCGUGUGGCCAUGCCUACUGAAAUACCUUUAUUCAGUAUCUGUUUAUAGCCUAAUCUGUAUCUUUUGAUAUAUCUUUAGGAAUGCAAAUAUGUAUUGCUGAAAGAGUAUUAAAGCUGUAACAGUGUAAACAACCCCCCAUUAUUCCUGCAAGAAAAUAAGUAAUUGGAUGGAAACAUUUGUCUUACGGUGCCCUCCUUCUUUUAUGUUAAGUAUAUAGCAACUUAAAUAUGUAGGUCUUUAAACAGAUAUGUUUUGUGAAUUGUUUCUCGUUCAUUUGUAUGUGAAUAAUUUUAUAUAAAAUGUAUAUUUAUAUUUAUUUAAAUAAAACAUUUGA